UCGUAUCCGCCGCUUGAUGUGGACCACCGUUUUUCCGCUUUCUAUCCGUGUGAUCCUAACUGCUCUCGUAUGCACGCGUGUAAAAUAACCGUCGAUAAUAAAAAUUAAUUAUUCGUUCAAAUCAUAAACAAUAGUCGAUUAUACGAUAUUACGUAUGAUAAACGAUUUCGAUAAAUAAACCACCGCCGUUUCCGUACACGUACCCGCUUGUGUGAAAUCAACAUCCAGCCGUUAGAUCAGUUUUGCACGGCAGGUCACAAAAAUGUUCGGUUUUUUUUACUAAUUUGUUUUGUAUUCGCUGAUCUAUGAAGGAAACAUGAAACUGUGGGUGGACACAAAUAAUAUCGUGUUAAAAGGCAACAGACAGUAUCACAAGUGUCGAGAAUCAUGGAGAGCGGAUUGUAUGGUUAAGGGUGAAUUCAUCAUACCGUGCACAGCAGUCGAAAACGACCUAAUGACGGGCUUCGACGAAUUUUGAUCCUGCGGCCUGUCCUCAAGCCCGCAACGAGUAUCAUAUGGCCCUGCUCGGAGCACUCGCGGCCACCGGCAGUAGAAGCCAGGGCUGUGUGCUGCGGGUGGCGGCCGACGCGAUAACGUUCUACUGCGGUGGUGACGUGGUCAGUGGCGACAGUGGCGGCGGUGACAGUGGCAGUGGCGGCGACGGUGCCGCUGAAUAUUACCCGGCCACAGCGGCGUCCGGCCGGUUGUCUGCCCCGGGUGACCGAUUUGGCGACUACUUCCGGCGGCCCGUCCGGUCGGUGGCCAUCGGUGACGGCGGUUCCGGUGCCGGCGGCUACUACUACGGAGCCGAAAACGGUUCGUCAGCAGCCGCCGUCCUGGCCAACGCGACGGCAGGCGUGGAACCGUUUCUGAACGGUUCGUACAAUCACACACUUGGCGCCGAAGUAGAAGACCUCACCAACUACAUAUUCGUCAUUUCCAUCGGCAUAAUACUGGGUGCGAUGAUUCUGACGACCAUUUGUGGUAACGCGUUGGUGAUUGCAGCAAUUUUGUUGGAGAGGAAUUUACAAAACGUGGCCAACUAUCUCAUUGUCUCGUUAGCGGUCGCCGAUUUAAUGGUAGCAUGUUUAGUCAUGCCCUUAGGAGCUGUUUAUGAGAUAAGCAGAGGAUGGAUUUUAGGCCCAGAAUUAUGUGACAUGUGGACUUCAAGUGAUGUACUAUGUUGUACAGCUUCGAUACUUCAUCUCGUUGCAAUAGCUGUUGAUAGAUAUUGGGCUGUUACUAAUGUUGAUUAUAUCCACACGAGAAACGGUCGAAGAAUAGUGGGCAUGAUUAUUGUGGUAUGGUUUGUAGCACUAGUCGUGUCAUUGGCUCCACAGUUUGGCUGGAAAGACCCCGAUUACCUGGACCGUAUUAAUAUUCAACAGCGAUGUAUGGUCAGUCAAGACAUUGGCUACCAGAUAUUUGCUACAUGUUCAACGUUUUACUUGCCCCUACUGGUCAUCUUGUUUCUUUAUUGGAAGAUAUUUAAGAUAGCCAGAAGAAGGAUUCGCAGAAGAAGAGCUCAGAGGAACGCAAUGCUAGAACAUUCAAGGUUGAAAAAGCCGGCUGAUGACGCGGCCGCGGCCGAGCCCAAAAAGUGUGGUUUCUUCCGGACGGCCGUUUUCCUGCGGAUCAAAAAGAAGAAGGAAGUGGAAGAGACGGCCGUGUGCUCGAGCAUAGGUCUGAUUGACGGCCAUUCGAGCUGUUCGAUGCCCGAGUCGUCGCAGGACGGCGGCGGGGGUGGCGGUGGCGGACAUUCCAAGGCAGGCAACGGCAGCGGAAGUGGCGGAGGAAGCGGUGGAGGAAGCGUGGGCGGAAGCGGUGGCGAAGACAAAACCACCGCGUUCACGAUCACUACGAACCACGAUCACGGUGCCACGUCGACGGCACAUCAUCACCAUCAUCACCACCAUCAACAUCACCAGCACCAGCACCAAAAUCAGCUGCAACCCCCGGUGAUCGAAGACGACGGGCCCACCAUCACGGACCCGUCGGCCGGCCGGCACACGGUCAUAGAGAUGAACGUGAAUCGGGUGUGCGUUCCGGCGCCCGCUAGGGUGAAGACGAAGCGCGAGAAGAAGGAGUCGCUGGAGGCGAAACGCGAACGGAAAGCGGCCAAGACAUUGGCCAUCAUCACUGGGGCGUUCGUCGUGUGCUGGCUACCAUUCUUCAUCAUGGCCCUGGUCAUGCCCCUGUGCCAGGGGUGUGUGAUCAACGAGUACGUGUCCAGCUUCUUCCUGUGGCUGGGUUACUUUAACUCCACCCUGAACCCGAUCAUCUACACCGUUUUCAGUCCCGAGUUCCGGUUGGCUUUCACGAAAAUGAUUUGUGGCACUACGUAUAGGAGAUAAUAAAAUGCACACAACAUUAUUAUACAUAUUAAUAUCCAUUAUUAUUACUAUUAUUACAUACACUAUAUACGCCGAUGCGUAUAUAAUAUAUUGAAUACCCGACGCCUUAUUA